AUGGAUUAAACUAAUCAUCAAGUACUCGAGUUAAAAAUGGAAUUUUUAACUUGCAUGAAGAAUAGCAAAUAUUAAGAAGCUCAUGUAAUCAUUCAAAAGAGUAAGAUAAUUAUGAUAAUGAGAGUUUUGAAGAUCGAUCCUAACAAUCCUUUAAUUGGGAAAUGCAAUAAAUUUUUAACUGAAUUCAAGACCAAAUUGGAGGAGAAGGAAAAAGAAUUGAAAGAAGAGGAAGAAGAAGAAGAGGAGGAGGAAUAAUAAUAAGCAGACGAUGAUGAAUCCGAUGGAGUGGAUCCAAAUGAUGUACCUGAUUUGGAAGAGGAAUUAGGAAUUCAACAUAACGAAGCUGAAAUUUAGGAGAGGAAGAAGAGAUUGUUUUAGCUUCUAUAAAAUGUUGAUGCUGGUGACAAGGAGGCAGUUUUGGAUGCAAUAAGAAAAUCAAAAUAAUAAGGAUGA